AUGUCUGUGAUAUUGGUAUCUGCCGGGUAUGAUCAUACGAUUAGGUUUUGGGAAGCUUUGACUGGCGUUUGUUCGCGAACAAUCCAACAUUCGGACUCGCAAGUGAACCGGAUGGAAAUUACUAGUGAUAAGAAACUACUUGCUGCUGCUGGCCAUCAGAAUGUAAGACUUUACGACAUCCGGACGACGAACCCGAACCCUGUGGCAUCCUUUGAAGGCCAUCGUGGAAACGUUACUUCAAUAUCGUUCCAACAGGAUAACAAGUGGAUGGUGUCUUCGAGUGAAGACGGCACUAUCAAAGUUUGGGACGUUAGAUCACCAUCUGUUCCGCGGAAUUACAAGCAUAACGCACCUGUUAAUGAAGUAGUGAUUCAUCCGAACCAAGGAGAGCUGAUCUCGUGCGAUAGAGAUGGUAACGUGCGAAUUUGGGACCUGGGCGAAAACCAAUGCACGCACCAGUUGACCCUGGAGGAUGACACUUCGUUGCAGUCGUUGUCGCUGGCGAGCGACGGGUCGAUGCUGGUGGCGGCUAAUAGCAAAGGGUAUUGCUACGUGUGGGAGAUGCCCAAUCGGACGGAUGCUUCCAAUUUGAAGCCGGUUACAAAAUUCAGAUCACACGCUACUUACAUCACACGAAUACUGCUGUCGUCGGAUGUCAAGCAUCUGGCUACGUGUUCCGCAGAUCACACGGCCAGGGUGUGGUCUAUCGAUAACAAUUUUGAACUGGAGACGACUUUGGAUGGCCAUCAAAGGUGGGUCUGGGACUGCGCGUUCAGCGCUGACAGCGCCUAUCUCGUGACCGCAUCUUCGGAUCAUUACGUGAGACUGUGGGACCUGUCGACGAGAGAAAUCGUCAGGCAGUACGGCGGCCACCACAAGGGAGCAGUGUGCGUGGCUCUCAACGAUGUCUGA